AGAAAACCAUUUCUGGAAAAGGUCGGCGAACCAUCCUACGAUAAGUCAAGCUGAACUCUCGUUUUCCUAGCUUUGCUUCUAUGAUCGAGUACAUGACGAUUACGCAGCAAAUGCUAGAUGGCUAAUUUACCAUGGGUAUGAAAUGGUGAAUGGAUGACUGGCAAAGAAGGGUCCAAAACGCAAAUGCCGAGAGUUGACGUGCCGUGCUAGAAGAAUCUCGAGAACGCGGCUAAAUGCAGGCGGCAGUUUGCACAAAUCCAUUUAGUUUGAGUGCUCUCGAUGUAGAGUUUGUCCGUUUUCGCGCAUCGAAACGCGCGUCCCAGAUGGUCUAUCACACGAUCGAGCUCCAUAAUUACUAAGCGCACGGAGCAUCAGAGAUGCGCAAGACUUUCUUUUAACGAGAGGAAUCUACACGCGGCCUCUUUCUCCUCGUUGUCGAUGCGUGCUGCGCGCGCCAGUGUCGCAACGAGUUUCGCUCAGGUUCCUACUCGCCGAUCGUUCGCGAACCUUGAUUGAAGAGGCACGGCUUCUUGGAAUUGGAGUUGGCGCCAGCUGAGAUUGAUCGGAGAUUCGAGGGCCGAAUCCGAGCCACGCACAAGUUGAAUGCAGAGGAGAACGAAAAUAACAGAGACGCGACACUUGAGCCGGCGACAUCGACAUCUGGCCUCAUCUCUCUUAGAAGAGAGAGGGAGAGAGUAAGAACGAGAGCGCGAGCGAGAGCGACAGCGAGCUCGAGGAAGAGCCCUCGAGAGAAAGAAAUUAGGGUCACGCGGAAGAGCGCGGCGAGAGUGACGUAAUUGACAGCCGAAGCGCGUGCGAGUCGGGUCCGCGUGCUGAUUGCUAUGGAUCGGUCGACACGUCGCCGCGCGCGCCGAUCGACGCGCAGCUGCAGCCCUCGCCGCCGACGCGCGCCGCGCGCAAUCUCGGCAUCGGCGCGGGCGACGCGGCAAGUGGGCCGCCGUUGAGCAGCCGAUCGGGCGCCAGCGAUGCCGAGCGCUCGCGCAGCCGGCGCGAAACGGCCCGCGGAGGCGCCGAGGACGCACGCAAGCGGGUCUGCUGCGGGGCGCCCGGCGCGCAUCCGGCGGCGCCGCGCGCGGAGGGCUCGCGCGAGCGCCCCGCCAGCGUGCCGCGCCGCUAGACGUUCGCUAGUGGAGGCCGAGCGCCCGAGCUCCGGGCCCAGUCUCAGCUCCGUCGCGGGCCUGUGCGCGCGCCGGUCAUCGUCCUCGCCGCCUUCGCUCGUCCGUCGCUGAAACGAGUGCGCAGCCGUACCGAGGAUGCGACACUGCUACCUGUUGCUGGCGAUCGGCGCCGGCCUGCUGCAGGCGGCGCUGCUGGAUGAGUCGGCGCCUGCCGCUGGGUCCAAGAGCAGGCGUCAAGGGUCGUCCGCCGGCGACGCCGCGGGCUACGAGUACGACGACGGCUACGAGCAGCAGCAGCAGCAGCAGCAGCAGCAGCAGGACGAGGACGAGUACGAGGACAGCGACGUCAGGGCCGACGGGGUCGGGCAGACGCAGUCGUCCUCGACUCUGGGCGGCCUGCGACUGGACGCGCAGCACGGCCGCUCCAGAGCCACCGGUGCAGCGACAGCAACGUCGACGACGAGUCUCGACCUCUCGUCGACGUCGCGAUACUACACGACCGAGCAGCCGGGGCCGCCGUUCAACAACUCCCGCUUCGGCUACCCGCCAGAAAGUCAGAACGUGCCUUGCAAGGUCGACGGCUCGUAUCGCAGAUCAAGCGAGUACUGGCGACCCUCCGGCUGCACCGUGUGCCGAUGUCUCCGAGGGCAGGUCGACUGCACGCGCAUACACGCCUGCACUAGCACUACCACGGAGCCGCUCGCCACUGCUGGCAUUCGCUACGAUAUCACACAGAGAUCGGUCAACGUCAGCGUCGGCGAGUCCCACAGCCAGGUAGGUAGCGCUCGUCGCAGCCGGACGAGCGUCACCGAGCCAGCGACCUCCACUCCCGUGGUAGACGUCUCCGCGUACGCGCAGCAGCUGCCGCAGAGCCAGCUGCAGGCGAGCGACGACAAGGGACCCAGUGCCAUGCUUUAUCCGGAAGCUUACGAGCAGCCCGGCCUCCGAGGCGCUCCGGGGCCUGCAGGAUCGGCUGGACCCAUGGGCUUCCCGGGGCCUAGAGGAGAGAUCGGGGAACCGGGGCCGCCGGGCGUCCCGGGCGCGCUCGGCCCGCGCGGGCUGCCCGGGCUGCCCGGGGCCGACGGCGUGCCCGGCGACGACGGCGAGCCGGGUCAGACGGGCCCGCAGGGCGCCCCGGGCGUGCGCGGUGCCCCAGGACUGCCCGGACUGCCGGGGACCAAGGGACACCGCGGCCCGGCGGGAGUCGACGGAGCGAAGGGCGAGCGGGGCCUCCAGGGCGAGAGGGGCCCGGUCGGGCCGACGGGCCUCGCGGGACUGGCGGGAUCAACGGGAGCCGCCGGCCCGAAAGGCGACAGGGGCAGGGACGGUGCGCCCGGGCCCGCCGGAGCCCGGGGCCUCGACGGGCUGCCCGGGCCCGUGGGCCCUGCGGGCGCUGUCGGCCGAACUGGACCGCCGGGCUUCCCGGGGAUCCGAGGAGCCAAGGGCGAUCAGGGCGCGCAGGGCCCCAAGGGCAACCAGGGCUUGCAGGGCCCGCGAGGCGAGGCCGGCCGAGCUGGCGCUGCAGGCGAGGCCGGGCCGAGCGGGGCCCCGGGGAAGGAGGGGCCGCGCGGCGAGAAAGGCAACGCCGGCGCGAGCGGCCCGAGCGGACGGCCGGGAAUCCCCGGAGCCCGGGGACUCCCCGGCGUUCCCGGCAACGCCGGAGCGCCCGGCAGCGAGGGCCUGCCGGGUGCGCCGGGCGAGAAGGGCGCUCGGGGUGACGCGGGGCAGAAGGGCGAGACGGGCUUCCCGGGAGCGCGCGGCCAGCCCGGUCCGGCCGGCAGCGAGGGCAAGAAAGGUAAGCGCGGCGCCAGCGGACCUGUCGGAGCCGCCGGCCCAGCGGGGGAGCGGGGCCCGCCCGGGCCUAGGGGUCCGCCGGGCGCCGACGGCGCGGCCGGCGCAAAAGGCGAGCCGGGCGAGCGCGGUCCGGUAGGGCCGAGCGGCCCGAAGGGAGCUCCCGGCGACAGCGGAAAGGAGGGACCAGCGGGCGCGCAGGGUGUCCGCGGCGCACCCGGCAAGCCGGGCAACCCGGGCAAACCCGGCAACCACGGCGACCGGGGAGCCGCCGGGAGCGACGGCAAGCCCGGCGAGCAGGGCAUCCAGGGGCCCCCGGGGCCCAUCGGCCCGGUCGGCCCGUCCGGCGAGCGGGGAUUCCCGGGGGAGCCAGGAGAGGACGGCGAGCAGGGGCCGCCCGGCCCCGCCGGCCUCGACGGCCAGGCCGGCGCCAGGGGCAAGCCGGGCCUGCCGGGGCUGGACGGCGCGCGGGGCGAGUCCGGCCCGCCCGGGCCGGCCGGCCCCAAGGGCCACCGGGGCCUCGGCGGACUGCGAGGGCCGCCCGGCCAGCCCGGCGCCGCGGGCGACAAGGGCGUCCAGGGCCCGCUGGGCGCGCCGGGCAAGGACGGCGACCCGGGCCCGCGCGGGCCGCCCGGCCGCGACGGCGGUCCCGGGCUGCCCGGCCACGCGGGCAGCCCCGGCCCGCGAGGCCCGCCCGGCGAGGACGGCAAGCGCGGCCCCGCGGGACCGCCCGGCCCCCCGGGACCUCCCGGCGAGGUCGCUUACGGAUACGACGCCGCCUCGCUGGCCAUGCUGUUCGCGCAGGGCCCGAGCAAGGGGCCGGACACGCCGGCGACCACCGACUCGCCGGCCCGUGUCUUCGGGGGCCCGCUAAGCGACGACGCCGGGAACAGGACGGAGGCCCUAGCUCGGAUUUACAACCAGGUGAAGACUUCGCUGGAGCAGCUGGCCGCAAGGCCAGACGGAGGCAAGGCCUCGCCGGCGAGAACGUGCGCCGAGCUGUUCGCCGGCUACCCCGACAAGCCCACGGGCCUAUACUGGGUGGACCCGAACGAAGGCGAUCCUCGGGAUGCCAUUUUGGUUCGUUGCGAGGUGGACAAGCGCGCGACCUGCAUUCUCGCCAGUCCAUCUCGCACGUCGGAAAUCAGCCACCUUGGCAGCGAGCCCGAAAUUUGGCUGAACGAAAUCGGAAGUGCAGCACAGAUAAGCUACAAGUCGGACGGCAAUCAAAUAGGAUUCCUGCAAUUGCUGUCCAAGGAAGCUGAGCAGAACGUGACCUACCACUGCAAGAACAGUGUCGGCUAUUACGACGUGGAGAGGCGAACCUACAGGAAAGGACUGAAGCUGUUGGCCUGGAACGACGUCGAACUGUUGCCGAGAGGCAGCCAUCGGCUGCGAUACGAGGCGAUCGCGGACGAGUGCAAGACAAGGGGCGCGAGCUGGGCCAAAACCAUCAUCACGUACAAGACCGACAAGCCGACGAGGCUGCCGAUUCUCGACGUUGCUCUUCGCGACAUCGGCAAGCCCGAGCAAAGCUUUUGGCUUGAGAUCGGGCACGCUUGCUUCAGAUGAUCGACUGCGCUGCUUUUCUCGAUUCUUUCGUCCUUCACCCUAACGUUCUUAUGUCGAAGACGUUCACUGCUUUAGCGUUAUAUUCAACUGUAUUCCCACAUCGAUUUUCUCACUGUAAUUCUUUGAACGCGUGCCUCACUUUGUAACGUCGCAAAACCCAUCGUCGAUUCAAGCGCACUCCAAUAAAGUAGUUUUGUCGCGUCCUCAGUUCACUCAUUGCAAACCAUUCAAAUACGUAGGUGGAUGCGGCGACGCCGAUAGAGAUGCUAU